AUUACACCUAUCUUUAUUAGCACCAUAUCCAUAUACUACCUAGGAUUACUAGGUAUAUUAAUUAAUCGGCUACACUUCUUGUCUAUCCUCCUCUGCCUUGAACUUCUCCUAAUAUCGCUGUUCCUAAGAAUGACAAUAUGGGCACUAAAAACCGGAACCAACCUCUUCGUAGCGAAAAACCUUAUCCUUCUUACUCUUUCUGCCUGCGAAGCAAGGGCCGGCCUUUCCCUUAUGGUAGCACUUUCACGAACUCACAAAUCAGACUUAGUCAUAGCACUGAAUAUCUUACAACAAUAA